AUGGCGAAUAUUAUUAAUCAUCAGAUUGGGGGAUGCAGUUUCGACACCACCAGCAGGUAUUCGGCACUUCGGCUCGUUGGCGUUGGAACAUAUGGGCAAGUGUGUUCUGCUACCGAUAAUCUGACCACCCAAGCAGUGGCUAUCAAAAAAAUAGCAGAACCCUUUCAAUCACUGGAGGCAGCGAAGCGAAGUUUUCGAGAAGUCAAAUUGCUUCGACAUCUCCGACAUGGCAAUGUAAUUUCCGUACAAGAUAUAUUCGUCUCGCCCUUUGAUGAUUUGUACUUGGUGACAGACCUGCUGAGCACGGAUCUUGCCCGUGUGAUUCGGUCCAGACCCUUGGAGGAUAAAUAUAUCCAAUAUUUCUUUUAUCAAAUAAUGCGGGGCUUGAAAUAUAUUCACUCGGCCGGAGUAGUACAUCGGGAUUUGAAGCCUAGCAAUAUCUUGGUCGAUGAAAACUGCGACCUUAAGAUCUGUGACUUUGGUCUUGCACGAACGCUUAAGCUUUCGAUGACCGGCUACGUGACGACAAGAUACUACCGGGCACCAGAGAUCAUGCUUACUUGGCAAAAUUAUGGCGUCGAGGUGGACAUGUGGAGUUCAGGCUGUAUCCUGGCUGAAAUGAUCGAAGGAACGCCUCUUUUCCCCGGCAAAGACCAUGCACAUCAAUUUUUAAUUAUAUCUGACCUUCUUGGUUCAAUACCCCCAGAGAUCCUCCCACAUAUCUGUGCCGAGGGUACGAUGGAGCGCAUUGCGGCUCUACCGCAACGCAAGAAGCAGCCAUUUAGAACCAAAUUCAAAGCUGCAUCAUUGGAGGCUCUUGAUUUUCUGGAAAAGGUGCUCGUGUGGGAUCCAAGCCAGCGCAUCAGUGCCACUGAAGCACUUUCACAUCCCUACGCGAGUCUCUACCAUGACCCAGAGGAUGAGCCGGUAGCGGGUGCGCCAUUCGACUGGACCUUAGUGACUGCAGAGUAUUCGGUAGACAUGUGGAAAUAUAUGAUAUACUCGGAAAUCAUGAACCAUCUUUCCUCUCCAUGA